UUUUAGAAUAGAAAUUAAAUUUAAAGAAAGUAUAACAAGCAGGACUAAAAAUGUCGGUUCAACACAUGUCUCCUCAAGAAGAACAGGAAAAGCUAUUAGAGGAAGCACUUCAAGUUGUAAAGACUCAAGCUUUUCAAAUGAAGCGCUGUCUGGACAAAUCGAAAAUCAUGGAUGCAUUAAAGCAUGCAUCUAACAUGCUUGGAGAGUUACGAACGUCUCUACUUUCACCUAAAAGUUACUAUGAAUUAUACAUGUGUGUUAGCGAUGAAUUAAAUCACCUUGAAAUUUUCUUGUUGGAUGAAUUUGAUAAAGGCCGAAAAGUUAAUGAUCUAUAUGAACUAGUGCAAUAUGCUGGCAAUAUUGUUCCCAGACUGUACUUGCUAAUAACUGUUGGUAUUGUUUACAUAAAGUUUGGUGAUGUACCAAAAAAAGAUGUUAUAAAAGAUUUGGUUGAAAUGUGUCGUGGAACACAACAUCCAUUACGCGGGUUGUUUCUAAGAAACUAUUUAUUACAAUCUACUCGAGGUCAACUCCCAGACAAUGAUAGUGAUCCAAGCCAAGGGACAGUUCAUGAUUCAAUUGAUUUUAUUCUUCUAAAUUUUGCUGAAAUGAAUAAGCUUUGGGUAAGAAUGCAACAUCAAGGCCAUUCAAAGUUUAAAGAAAAAAGAGAGCGUGAGCGUCAGGAAUUAAAAAUUUUAGUUGGAACAAACCUUGUGAGAUUGAGCCAGCUGGAAGGAAUCGAUGUGGAAAUUUAUAAAAAGGAUGUUUUACCAGGAGUAUUAGAACAAUGUAUAUGCUGCAGGGAUGCUAUUGCUCAGGAGUAUCUUAUGGAAUGUAUCAUACAAGUUUUUCCAGAUGAUUUUCAUCUUCAAACCCUAAAUCCGUUUUUAAAAGCUUGCGCAGAUCUUCAUCAAGAUGUGAAUGUCAAAAAUAUUAUUAUUGCACUGAUUGAUCGUCUGGCCAUGUAUGCUAAUCGUGGAGAUGGACCAGGCAUUCCUAAUGAUAUUCGUUUGUUUGAAAUUUUCUCUCAACAAGUGGCUCAUGUAAUUCAGUCAAGGAGUGACAUGCCAACAGAAGACAUUGUGGCUUUACAAGUAUCUCUUAUUAAUCUUGCUUUGAAAUGUUAUCCAGAUCGUGUUGACUAUGUUGAUAAAGUCCUAGAGUACACUGAAGAAAUAUUUAGUAAACUUAAUUUGGCUCAUAUUGAUAAAAACAAUGCUGUUUCAAAAGAAUUGAUGCGAUUGCUCAAAAUUCCUGUUGAUGCAUACAACAAUGUCCUUACCAUUUUAAAGUUGAAGCAUUUUGCUCCACUUUUUGGAUAUUUUCAUUAUGCUACUAGGAAAGAAAUGGCAAUGUAUGUAAUUAAUAAUGCUCUUGACAAUGAAACUUAUAUACCGUCUAUGGAAGAGGUUGACAGUGUUCUCCAGCUUGCUGCACCUUUGAUUAUGGAUCAAGAUGAUCAGCCUGCAGAACCAGAAGAUCCAGAAGACUUUGCAGAAGAGCAAGGGCUUAUGGGUAGACUUGUUACAUUGCUUUACUCAGAUAAUCCUGAUCAACAAUAUUUGAUACUAACGACUGCUCGUAAACAUUUUGGUAAUGGUGGGGAAAAAAGAAUUAAGUUGACUCUUCCUCCUUUGGUCUUUGCAGCAUUUAGAUUAGCCUUUAUUUAUCGCAGCCAACAAGAUCAGGAUGAUAAGUGGGACAAAAAAUGCCAAAAGAUUUUUCAGUUUUGCCACCAAACUAUAUGUGCACUUUCUAAAGCUGAAUAUGCAGAACUAUCAUUAAGAUUGUUUCUUCAAGGAGCUCUAGCUGCUGAUCAACAGAGGUUUACUAAUGCUGAAACAGUUGCAUAUGAGUUCAUGAGCCAGGCAUUUGCAAUAUAUGAAGAUGAAAUCUCAGAUUCCAAAGCACAACUGGCUGCAAUUACAUUAAUAAUUGGAACCUUUGAGAAAAUGGUUUGCUUUAGCGAAGAAAACCAUGAACCACUUCGAACUCAAUGUGCACUUGCAGCUUCAAAACUUCUUAAAAAGCCAGACCAAUGUCGAGGUGUUUCUGUAUGUUCCCAUUUAUUCUGGUCAGGGCGUGUAAACAAUGAAGAUGAUACAGAAAAAGUUGAAUGUCAUGAUGGUAAACGAGUAAUGGAAUGUUUGAAGAAAUCUCUACGUAUUGCUAAUCAAUGCAUGGAUCCAACGGUGCAAGUUCAGCUGUUUGUAGAAAUACUAAACAGAUAUUUGUAUUACUAUGGGAGGGGAAAUGAAGCUGUUAAUUCAACAAUUUUAAAUCAAUUGAUCGACAAAAUUCGCGAAGAUCUUCCUGGAUUGGAGACAAAUGACGAAACUGAUCAAAUAAACAAACACUUUCAAAAUACUCUAAUGAGAAUUCAAUCUAAAAAGGCGAGCUCCGAUGAAAGCGAAGCCGCACUUUAUAAAGAUCUUUUAUUUUGAUUUUUAUCCUUUUAUGACUUUUUAAAAUGACUUUCUUUUGUACCUAACCGAUAAAAAAAUAAAAAUUUAUAAACCUAGUAACCCGGCUGUUUAAGUUAAACUGGAGUCAGUUUUAGGAUAUCUUCACUUUAAAAUUUAGGAUUUUUCUUUUAAAUUUAAGUAUUAUUUUUUAUAAUGAAUUUAUUAAUUAAUGUAAAAAUUAAUGUUUUGUCAAGUAACUAUUGUUUGUUGACGUUAGUUGAAUAGUUUUAUUAAUAUUGUU